AUGCCGUCAGCUCAGAAGCGGGGCCUAUCUCCAAUAAUUGAUGCUGCACCGCCACACCCCAGCGUUGCCGCUGCUGCACCACUGCAACCUCAGCAGCUGCAGCACCAGUUGCUGCAGCAGCAGCAGCAGCUACAGCAGCAGCUGCAGCAGCAGGAGCAGCUGCCGUUGCGGCAGCAGAAGCGGCAGCGGCUGCUGAGCGAGGGGGGGAGCUCAAGACGCGGUAGAAGCCCUCCUGUUGAGCCCGCUCCGCAGCAGCAGCAGCAGCAGCAGCUGAAGCUGCAGCAGCAGCUGCAGCAGCAGCCUUACGUAUCUUCCAAUCGCAAGCGAUCUUUAUGUUCAGAAGUUUUCUUCCCGAAGUCCACCCGCCUCAAGACAGCAGACACGCAGCUGCAAAGAGCAGCAGCAGCAGCAGCAGCAGCCCCGGCGGUAGCAGCACCUGCACCAGCUGAAGCAGCAGCAGCAGAACCAGCAGCAGCAGCAGCAGCAGCACAAGCUCCCGCAGUGGGACCUUCACCCCCACCGGGCCCCACAACUUCCUGCAUGGCUCUUGUGCCGUACGUACGGAACGAGCUGCUGCCGCUGCUGCAGCUGCCGCCGCUGCUGCAGCAGCAGGAGCUGCUGCAGCUGCAGAAGCCCUCAGACCCCCUUGCUGCUCUGCAGCAGCUGCAGCAGCAGCAAACGGGCCUCGACGGCCUAACUGCAGCAGCAGCCUUCGAGCGGGACGGCAUGCUGCUGCUGCCAGAAACAGAAGACUCCGAGCAGCAGCUGCUGCUGCCCAGGCCGUUCGAGCAGCAGCAGCAGCAAGAGCGGCAGCAGCAGCAGCAAGAGCAGCAGCAGCAAGACGAUGAGGACUCGCUGCUGCCGCGCACGAUGUCUCAGGCGUCGCAGGGCGCUAUGAGUGUUGACUAG